GAAAAACCAAAAACACCUACUCAGCGGUGCCCGCCAACCACAACAAGACAGUGAGAAUCUCCUCCAACUCAUCGAAUCAGAUCGUUUUUGAUUGUUGGAAAAGGAUGUUGUCACCGUCCCUGGUCAGGCCCGCAAAGCACGUGGUCCGACGCGUCGGGUCAAACCUGCUCGGCGGAGUGAGACAGCAACCGCUCUGGCGACGGGAUCUCAUGACAAUUCACAAGAGAACGGAAAUUCGCGCACCCAGAAUCGGAAGGCGCGCACCCUCCCUACUAUUCAGCCAAUCAGAGCACAGAACCUCAAAGUCCUCACGACUUCAACAAAUAAGUGUUCUUCGCGAUUUUAGAGGCCACAAACAGGGCGGGUUGGUCCUCUGGGAACUCGGGUCGUGCCUACCGGCCCUACUCACGACCCUCCGCUAUGCUUCGCGCUCCGGGGCUCGCCCCCUUCGCCCCAGCCGGCCCUUUCGUGGAAGAAGAAGUCUGUAUAGAGUACUUCUUAGUCAGCAGAUGGGUGCGCGCCUUCCGAUUGAGGGUGCGCGAAUUUCCGUUCUCAUUCACAAUACUAAAGGCAACUUGGUCACGAUUGAUAAUUUGGGGGCAACGGUUAGCCAGGAGGUCAUCAUCUCCCGUGGAGGCGAGGAUGAAUCUUUCGUAAUGGCGGAGCGGGAGGUUGGAUUAGCCAUGAAAUCGUCCAUCGUGCGGCAACUUGGUGUCUCGCUGACCAGCGACCCUGAGGCGAUCCCGCUCAAAUUUCACCACAAAUCUCUGCAUUUCGCGCACGAAUCGCUACCAUAUCCACGCCUAAUUAUUGAUAAAGAACUCGCUGGACCGGAUUCAAGUGGUGUCAGCGCAGCUACCUUGUGGCUCUACGGGCCUGCUGCGUGCGAGUUUACGUUGGACGGCACUCCUGACCAUGAUUUCGCCAAGUCCUCCCGAGAGAGUCACCAACGACUGAAGGGUGUCCUAGAAGAGUUAAAAGAUAGAUAG